AUGGCUUUUGAACUGUGGAAGAACUCGACCGAAUUCGCACAGCUUAUCAUUCUGACAUUAUUCACGCCGAUUGGCAUCGCUCUGACAUGUUUGCGUUUCUUCGCGACCUAUCGCGGCAUGCGUAAGCCAGGUCUCGAGGAUUGGAUGGCCGCGUUAGCCACCUUGUUCUUCAUACUCACCAACCUUGGGGGCCUGAUGGCGAUUAGUAUCCUCAAUGGACGCCAAAUUGCUGAAGAAGUUGCUGAAAGCCCACUAGACUACGAACAUAUGCGUAAGUGGGACAUUGCGGCUCUCUACUUCUACUUUGCGCACACGCUGUCUGUGAAGCUCAGCGUCCUAGCUCUCUACCAUCGCAUCUUCGGCGUCAGUCGUCCGUACAGGAUCUGGAUAUACUUGUUGGGAGCAGCACAGGCGGUCCUGUUUGUCAUUUUCUGCAUCUUCCAGGCCCUGCAGUGCAGGCCGUUUAACAGGUAUUUCGACCUCUCGAUACCGGGGACUUGCACGGAUGAAGGGACGGUGAUCCUCGGUGGAGAGACGCCAAACUCGCUUAUCGAUUUUGCUAUGGUUAUUCUUGCCAUGUUUAUGAUACGGCCACUUCAAGUCACCACUUCGAUGAAAUUGAGGCUCAGGUUUCUUUUUGGCCUCGGUGCGCUUGUUGGAAUAAUAGGAUUCAUCAAAAUCGGUAUCACAUACUCUCCGACUACCCUUUACGCUUUUAGCAUGGUAUCCAUCUGGACGUGUAUCCAGAUGUUCGUCUCUUUGCUCUGCUGCUGCUUGCCCGUGAUACAUCCCAUCUUACCGUCAUGGAGCCGAGUCUCGUCGUAUAUGAUUAGUCAUGUGUCAUUCAGAUGGGCAUCCUGGGCAUCGAGAACGCAAACUGGAACGACACGGUCGACACAAGGGUCGAGCAAUGGUAAAGGGUUCCAUAGGGCGAGGGAACCGCACCAGGCGGAGUGGAGGCAUCUGGAUGAAGAGAAUAUUGCCUGCCUUGCUUGGCCCGAUGCAACACACCAGACGGAGAGCCACGCGUUGACCGAGUACAACCUAUUGGCGGGACGGUGGCCCUGGGCUAUCGAGGACGUGCUAAGGAAAUAUGGUGAUGUUGUCCGGAUCGCGCCCAAUGAGCUAGCUUUUGUCACCCCGCAGGCUUUGGCCGAUCUCUACGGCUCUCAUAACAAAAAUAUAGAGCUUUUCCCGAAAACGCAGAUUAACAAUCAUGGAAAUGACGAGCAUGGCGGUCUUAUAUGGGAAUGGGAUCCCAUUCUGCAUCGUCAGGUGGCUAAACAAUUAGGUCCAGCUUUCAAAGGAGCAGCCCUCAAAGCCAAAGAGCCAACCUUACAUAGAUAUAUUGACCUUUUCGUCGAACGCAUGAAAACCCUAGGUGGGAAUGCCGAUGGCGUUAGCUUGCCUAAAUGGAUCAACUGGUUGUGUGUUGAUAUUUCAGCUGAUAUGGCAUAUAAUCGGGAGAUGAACGCUCUGAAGGACAUGAAAACUCCGGAGUAUCUCAGCCUCCUUUCGGGAUUCAACAGGGCUCUGGUCGUCAUCCAGGUAUCAUGGAGAUUUCCUCUUCUCAGCCCGUUGAAAUACCCCUUUUUAUUCACUACCAUGAGGCCCCAUUCCCAUAUCAGGGAUCAUAGCCGUCAACAAUUGGAACGGCGUAUCCGACGUAAAGGUUCUGUCAUGCACCUCGACUUCUUCGAGCAGAUGAUUCCGGAAGACCGUGAGCCUCCAAAAGACCGAAGGCAACUACGGCAUUUGGAACAAAUUGCAGGUCAGCUGCUUGUAGCAGGAUACGAACCUCCGGCACUGUGGUUUUAUUUUACGAUUUAUUAUCUCCUUAAGAACCCCAAGAUCUUGAAAACCUUAACGGAGGAAAUUAGGGGGGCUUUUGCAACUUACGAGGAGAUCACGCCGGAUACAGCUGCGUCACUAGCUUACUUGACAGCCUGUCUGAAGGAGUCCCUUCGAGUGAUGCCAGGUGUACUUACGGGGAUGCCGGUUGUUAGUCCGGGUGCUCUAGUAGACGGAACCUUCAUUCCGAAGGGGGUUGUUUGCCAAUCCAGCGCCUUUGCGCUGGCACGUAGUCCUCGUAACUUCCACAAACCGUUGGACUUCCUGCCGGAGCGCUGGCUGCCGGAGGGGCACCCGCUGUAUGACCCGCAGUUCGCUAACGACAACCGUAAAGGUUUCCAGCCGUUCAGUCAGGGACCUCGGAUGUGUGCGGGGAGGGAGAUCGCCUGGUGGCAAAGCAGGUUAUUCGUCGCAAAGGUUCUAUGGACAUUCAAUAUGGAAAUGGCCUCCGGGCAGGAUAUCGACAUGGACAGAGACUUGAGGGGAUGGGGUAUGUACGAAAAGCCUGAGGACCAAAGUAGAAUGAACGCCACGGCAUUCUCGGAUGCUUCAGCUCCCGUUGAAUUUUACUUGAAGGUGCGUUACGCCGAGGCGAGGAGUAUCCCUUUCGCUCAGAAUGCGAACCGCGAGGGUGGUCAAGAAGUGCGACCAUUUGGAGCGAUACCUGCUUGA